AUGGUAGACUACAACAGAUGGUUGGAACAACUGGACGACAACAUUCGUAUUUCGAAGCUUUCUUUACCCGGAACACACAACAGUGCUGCUUGUCACAUUGCGCUACCCUCUGUCAAAUGCCAGGAUCAUUCUGUUAAGACACAAUUGAAGAACGGUGUUCGUUUUUUUGACUUUAGGCUAGGAAAGCUCUUCUUUAAAGACAACGACCAGGGCGCCUACGAGGCUGAUGACCUGCAAGUCAUUCAUGGAAAAUUUCCGGUGCGUAUUCCCUUGCCAUUGAAAUUCUCGUCCGAACUGGACGAUUUGUUUUCGUUUCUGUCUCAGAAUCCCAGUGAGACUUGCAUCGUUUCAAUCAAACAAGAAGGAGAAGAUUUCGCCGAUAAAAAUAAGGAGUUUGCGCAGUUUGUGUGGAGUAAAUAUAUACAGCCUCGCCAGAAUCGUUGGUACUUGCGUGGAGAUAUUCCAACAUUGCGCGAUGCUAGGGGCAAACUCGUGCUUUUCCGCAGAUUCGGACUUCCAGACGAACUCCGUGACCGCGAUUUUGGUAUAGAGGCGGCCUGGUGGUCAUACAGUACUACAAAUGAGGACCGUGGACUAUAUCAGGUCCAGGAUUUCUGUGAGCUCGAGCACGCUGAGAACAUCGUGGAAAAAACACGUUACGUAAAAGAGUUUUUGGACGUUGCAAGUAAUUAUAACUGCACCGUGGAUGCUCCGUCCAGAUUAUUUGUCAAUUUCUGUUCCGGUGCUAACCUUUACGACGUUGAUUGCUGGCCCGAGAAAGUAGCAGAUCAAAUGUUAAAAAGUGACCUAGGAUCCGACGUCAAACGCGGUUGUGGUAUCCUCAUUUUAGAUUAUGCUGGAAAGGACGAUUGGAAACUUGUAAAGAAAAUCGUUGACUCCAAUUUCUGA